UCUGUCCAUUCUUUCAUUUCAAGCAAUCUCAAGCUGUCCAUUUUUUCCCCUCUUCUGUAAAAAAUCAAGUGUUUGCAGCAGCAUAAAAAUCUGUUGUUAAUUCUUCACUUCAAGAUCUCUUGAAGCUGAAGUAGAAGUGAGAGUUUGAAAAGAUGUGGGCUUUGUGCAUUACAGCAUUGGUUGUUAUAAGCAUUACACAUUGGGUUUAUAGGUGGAGAAAUCCCAAAUGCAAUGGCAAACUUCCACCAGGCUCAAUGGGAUUGCCACUACUUGGGGAAACUUUACAAUUCUUCACUCCCAACACCUCUUCUGAUAUUCCUCCCUUCAUCAAGGAAAGAAUGGAAAGAUAUGGACCAAUUUUCAGGAGUAAUUUGGUGGGAAGGCCAAUUAUCGUAUCAACUGACCCGGAUCUCAAUUACUUUGUGUUCCAACAAGAGGGAAAUUUGUUCCAAAGUUGGUAUCCAGAUACAUUCACAGAGAUUUUUGGCAGACAAAAUGUUGGCUCCUUGCAUGGGGUCAUGUACAAAUACCUCAAGAACAUGGUCCUGCAUCUCUUUGGCCCUGAAAGCCUUAAGAAAAUGAUCCCGGAAAUUGAACAGGCAGCACUUAGCAGGUUACAACAAUGGUCAUCUCAGGACAGUACAGAAUUAAAAGACUCAAUUGCAAGCAUGAUAUUUGAUCUCACUGCAAAGAAACUUAUUAGUUAUGAGUCAAAUAAGUCCUCGGAGAACUUACGGGAAAACUUCGUUGCGUUCAUACAAGGAUUGAUCUCCUUUCCUAUGGACAUCCCUGGAACAUCUUAUCACAAGUGUUUAGUGGGUAGGAAAAGUGCAAUGAGAAUGCUUAAGAACAUGCUGCAGGAAAGACGAGCAGAGUCCCGGAAGCAGCCAAUUGAUUUUUUCGAUUACGUGCUUGAAGAACUUAAGAAAGAGGGAACAAUACUUACAGAGGGAAUUGCUUUGGACUUAAUGUUUGUGCUGCUUUUCGCGAGCUUCGAAACAACUUCCCUGGCUAUAACAUUAGCCAUGAAGUUUCUUACAGACCAUCCUCUUGUGCUAAAGCAAUUGACGGAAGAGCACGAGAUGAUUUUAAAGCAAAGGGAAAAUUCCGAUUCUGGACUCACAUGGAAAGAGUACAAAUCAAUGAAAUUUACGUUUCAGGUCAUCAGCGAAACAGUUAGGCUGGCGAAUAUAGUUCCAGGCAUCUUUCGAAAAGCAGUGAGAGAAAUAAAAUUUAAGGGAUAUACAAUUCCAGCAGGUUGGGCAGUUAUGGUUUGUCCACCAGCCGUACACUUAAACCCAGCCAAAUACGAAAACCCAGUAGCCUUCAAUCCAUGCAGAUGGGAGGGCGUAGAAGUGUGCAAUGCAUCCAAACAUUUCAUGGCUUUUGGUGGUGGCAUGAGAUUUUGUGUUGGAACAGAAUUUACUAAAGUGCAGAUGGCUGUAUUUCUACACUGCUUAGUUACCAAGUGCAGGUGGGAACCAAUCAAAGGAGGAGAUAUAGUCCGAACGCCGGGUUUACAAUUUCCAAAUGGUUUUCAUGCGAAGAUAAUGGAGAAAGAAAAACAAGCAACAGAAAAAAACACAUAAUUCUCAAGCUGCAAAGAGGGAUGGCAUUUUAACAUCACUAUAUUUGGUGAAUAUGUACAAAGAAGAAAAAGCAAUUUCCAUUGUCACUCUCCACAAACAAAGACCAACUCAAGUGUUUGUUUAGGGUCACAUACAAAAUUUUAUGCUUCCAGUGCAAUUUUUUUCUCCAUUUUUCAAUUGUGUGAAGGUGGAAGGAAAAAAAAAAGGAGAAAAAAAGAACAAAUUAAACUAUUUAAGAGAUAUGGAUCCAACAAAAAAUGCAAUUUAAUCAAAUGGAGAUAACUUGUAACCUUUUGUACGAAAAUGCUCCAGCAUGUUCUUCUUUUUCUUUUUUUUAUUCGAGUGAAAAAUGAGACCUACCUAUUGCAAUACCACAUAAAUGCUUAAGGGUAAGACCUCGUGUGGUAUGUACGAUUGGAUUGGAAUUGAUAACUCUCUAAUUUAAGGACCCAUUGAGGUGAGUAAUGAAAAAAUUAUGUCCAACUAAAGGGUAGAAGAUGAAUUACUCAUGAAGAAAACUCAUCUAUUCCAAUCAUUUCCAAAAUGGUAGGAUUAAAAGAAAUGA